GGGAAGGGGAGGAGUGGCACUAGACAAGGACAUUAAUACUGUAACAUAGUAACACAAGGGGGUAAAGUUGUGGAAGUUAGGGAAGGAAUUCAUUUUUAGAAAGGUUAUUAAUUAAGUGGCUUGGUUACAGCGUGAGGAAAGACCGAGACGCGCUUCCUGUUGGCUGUCUAUCUUUAAAGAAUAUGAAACAGGAGAACUAGUAGACAUAAGAGAAGGUAAAAAAAAACACAAAAAAAACGUUAACGCUAUCCGGUGCCUGUCUGUUGCUUCUUUACUGAAUAUGUCAGGGACACGGACAAGAAGAGGGACUGUUUCGGAACAGUCUCGAACUGCGAGGGCAGCUGCUGUUGCUGAGCAGUUGCACCAUGAAUGCACCCUCUUAUUGGAACUGUAUAGAAAAAAGGAGACGUUCGCCGAGGAACUCACCAGCGGCGGGGACCGCCUGGUGACCGUGCCACCGCUCUCCUCCCAGCUCUCGCCGAAUGACAUGUUGUGGCGCCUCUACUCCGCCCUGCAACAGUGCCGGAACCUCCUGGAGCAGGCCAUUGGCCGGGAAGAGGGGGUGGGAAACGACAGGAACAGGACCGAAUACGAGAGCCAGAAGAAAACAGUGAGGGACCGGCUGGGGCACCUGCUAGAGAGCACACGGCUCCUCCUGGCGGACGGAGCUGGAACUGCAGCCUUCACUCCUGAUCCAAACAAUACUGAGAUAGACGGUCCGGUGAACGGUAGCCCGUUUGCGCUAAAGCUCUGGAUCUACCGCAUCUUCAACGAGCUGGAGCACUGGACGCUCGCCGCCUCCAAGACCCUGAAGGCCCUGCACCCCGACGGAGCGGCCCCCAAGGAGCGCAGAACGAGGGGGAGGGCAGGGGGGAGGAGGACCCGGAGAUGAGAUAGUAGAGAUUGGGAGAGGUAGCCUGUGAGUGAGGAAGGAGAGAGAAGGGAAGACAAAGAAAGAAAGAGAGGGAUGGGGUGAGGUGAGGAGAGGAGAGAGAGAAAGAGAUAUAGAAAGAGGUAUGGAUGUAAAGAAAGAGAGAGAGGUCAACAGAUUGAGAGGAUGAGGUGGAAGAAGAAAAAGAGGAGGCAUGCAGGAGUCAGAAAGGCUGAGAGAGAUGGAAUGAAGAGAAUGAAAAGAGUGACUACAGCCAGUGGAAGUAUAAAGAUUCUGUGAAAAGAGGGAGAAGAGUAUAUGUUAAAUUUAAUAAAUAUACACAGUGGGGACAUGGACACAAGUAUGUGUGACAUAAGUGUUGAUUUUGAAGCAAUUUUGGUCAUUCGAAACAUACUAGCGCUGUAGCUCCACUUGCUGCUAACAAACACAGGACACUGGGUGUCAGGUAGCCUAAGUCGAAUCCCCGUGCUGACAAGAUGGAAGAAAAUCUGUUGAUCUGCGCUCGAGCAAGGCGCUUAACCCUAAGUGCUCCAGGGUCUCCAUCAAUAAUGGCUGAUACCUGGCCGUGUCUCAAGGGGAGUGGGAUAUACAAAGAAACACAUUUCCAUUUCACACGUAUACAGGACAAACAUAGGCAACUUCUAUUUGACCUUUGAAUAGGACAAGUAUAAGCAACGUCUAUCUGACCUUUGACAAACAUAGAAUGAAUGAGUUACAUAGACUGUUCACCACUCGAUUUAAUCCCUUUAAAAUCUCCAAUUCAAGAGCUUGACAUUCUAUUUUUAAAAAUCAUCUUUGUAAUUCAACACGGUUUGAUGCUGCAAAAUGUGAGUUAAGGAUUUACUGAAGAAUUUCUGCUGUUUUACACCUGGUAUCAAGAUGUGUUCUCUGUCUGGUUUUGCUGCCUAGAGUCAAAGGAUUCUACCAUGACCUUCCUUUUGCCUACUCCAGACAUACUACGGCCAGUGUUUCAGAACAUUUAGUCUCCUCCCACUUGACACACACUGGUUGAAUCGACGUUGACUUCACGUCAUUUCGUUGAACCAACGUGGAAUAGACAUCCAACUGACAUCUGUGCCAAGUGGGCUGUUCUCCCUUCAUGUUAACUGAAUGGCAAUAUUCCUUCCAAAUCUAAUGUGAUCAUUAAUAUCAGCGUGAUCUUGAUUAUAACAUUUAGUGUGGUUAUUGUCAGAGAUUUGGUUUGGCAUUGCCUUAAAACUUCAAUUCUGAAGAGGGAAAAAUGAUUUUAUACAACACGGGAUCCUUUGGAUCUGGAUGAAAUGUUCUGAUAAACUGGUCCCUGGAUCCCAAAACAAUCCCACAAAUGAGAUGUAAUGUUGGUGACAGCUACAGGGUCCACUUUGAUAAUGGAGUGUAGAUUUCCGGUUCAAGACAGCGUUUUAUGUGAUACCAAUUUCUGAUCCUUGUGGGCCGGCAUCAUGCAUUAGAUGGAAAUCUUAAUACCACAAAUUGUUUCACAUUUAAGAUGCAUCCCAAUAGUCUUGAAUGACUUCCUAUCUAUUUAGAGACCACAAACAAUGUGACAUAGGUCAUUUUGGGGUUAUGACAAGGUAUGAGAAAGGGUAGGCUAUUUCAUUAAGUGUACUUUACCUUUAAAGCAGAUCUUGGGUCAGUUCUGCAUUUUUCCCACUAAUGGUUAAGGUUAGGAUUGGGGAGGGUAAGCUGAUCCUAGAUCUGUACCCAGGGGAAAUUUAGUCCCAGAACAUUCCAUUACUUACUGCUGGAUGGUAAUCUCACAGAAUGUGCCUUGAAGUGAUGUGAUGAGUUUAGCUGUGCCCUGCCCUCUAGUGGCGAGUAGAGGAACCAAAACAAAACAUCCCAACUGUGCAGCUCCUACUAGAGAACCACUGGGAAUGCAGGCUUUUGCUCCGACCCUGCUCUAACACCAGACUCUGCUAAUCCAGUUCAGAACCUGUAUAACACAGAAAAAUACAUAUAUUAUUAUAUAUAUAUAUUAUUAUACAUUUUUUAUAA